AUGGCCACAGACCACCAGAACCCUGCAUCCAAGCAGCAGCAGCCAGGCACCAGUGCAUUUAAGCUGGUUAUCUAUGAGCAGGAAAACUUCCAGGGACGCUGCCAUGAGCUGACUGGUCCCUGCAACAACCUCCAGGAAGCAGGCGUGGAGAAAGUGGGCUCCAUAUUGGUGCUGUGUGGACCAUGGGUGGGAUACGAGCAGGCCAACUGUAAGGGGGAGCAGUAUGUGUUUGAGAAGGGGGAGUAUCCUCGCUGGGAUUCCUGGACCAACAGCAGGCGUAGUGACACCCUUAUUGCAUUCCGCCCGAUUAAAGUGGACAGCCAGGAGCACAAGAUUGUCCUUUACGAAAACCCCAGCUUUGCAGGGAAGAAGAUAGAAAUCAUCGAUGACGAUGUCCCCAGCUUUCACGCACACGGCUACCAGGAGAAGGUCUCCUCUGUUCGGGUUCAGAGUGGCACUUGGGUGGGCUAUCAGUAUCCAGGCUACAGAGGCUAUCAGUACCUGUUUGAAAAGGGAGAGUAUAAGGACAGUGCUGAGUUCGGAGCCCAGAUUCCUCAGAUCCAGUCGGUUCGGCGCAUCAGAGACAUGCAGUGGCAUCAGAGGGGUGCUUUUAACCCCGUCAACUGA